AUGAUGAACUCAGACAGCCAACCCCAGCAGCCAACCACUCAGCCCAUGAACCAGGGCGCGGGGGGCAACGGCGACAUGCUUGACAAAGGCGUCGACUUCGCCGAGCGCGAGGCGGGACAUGAACAGAGCCAUGCCACGACCGAGAAGAUCAGUGACGCUGCUCGCACCGGAUACAAAGAUACGACGGGCAAGGACGUUCCCAUCCAGGACAAGCAGUACUCAUAA